AUUGGGUAGGUAAAAUUGUUCAUAGCUCUCAGGAAAUAGGGAACUAACCUCUCUGCCCAGCCUUCUCCUGUAUCCUAACAUACUUUAACUUGACUUUCCUCGAAGAAAAAGCCGUUGGAAUCUGCCCUUUUCUUAUUGUAAUAUCUGUUCAAGUAGAAGCAUGUUCCAAUACGUAUAUGCGACGUUAAGACAAUUCUUCAUUGACACUCAUACCUUUCUGAAGACACCCAGGACUGUUUCUUGUCUCUGAGAGUUAAGGAAGAAACCAAAUUUGAUCACCGGCCUAGAAGCCUGUGAAUUCAGCCUUUAGGUUUAAGUUUUUGAAACUGAAGUAGGUCUACACAGUAGGAACUCAUGUCGUUUCUUGUAAGUAAACCAGAGCGAAUCAGGCGGUGGGUCUCGGAAAAGUUCAUUGUUGAGGGCUUAAGAGAUUUGGAACUAUUUGGAGAGCAGCCUCCGGGUGACACUCGGAGAAAAACCAAUGAUGCGAGCUCAGAGUCAAUAGCAUCCUUCUCUAAACAGGAGGUCAUGAGUAGCUUUCUGCCAGAGGGAGGGUGUUACGAGCUGCUCACUGUGAUAGGCAAAGGAUUUGAGGACCUGAUGACUGUGAAUCUAGCGAGGUACAAACCAACGGGAGAGUAUGUGACUGUACGGAGGAUUAACCUAGAAGCUUGUUCCAAUGAGAUGGUAACAUUCUUGCAGGGUGAGCUGCAUGUCUCCAAACUCUUCAACCAUCCUAAUAUUGUGCCAUAUCGAGCCACUUUUAUUGCAGACAAUGAGCUGUGGGUUGUCACAUCAUUCAUGGCAUAUGGUUCUGCAAAGGAUCUCAUCUGUACACACUUCAUGGAUGGCAUGAAUGAGCUGGUGAUCGCUUACAUUCUGCAGGGGGUCCUGAAGGCCCUCGACUACAUCCACCACAUGGGAUAUGUACACAGGAGUGUCAAAGCCAGCCACAUCCUGAUCUCUGUGGAUGGGAAGGUCUACCUGUCUGGUUUGCGCAGCAACCUCAGCAUGAUAAGCCAUGGGCAGCGGCAGCGAGUGGUCCACGAUUUUCCAAAGUACAGUGUCAAGGUUCUGCCGUGGCUCAGCCCCGAGGUCCUCCAGCAGAAUCUCCAGGGUUAUGAUGCCAAAUCUGACAUCUACAGUGUGGGAAUCACAGCCUGUGAACUGGCCAACGGCCACGUCCCCUUUAAGGAUAUGCCUGCCACCCAGAUGCUGCUAGAGAAACUAAACGGCACAGUGCCCUGCCUGUUGGAUACCAGCACCAUCCCUGCCGAGGAGCUGACCAUGAGCCCUUCGCGCUCAGUGGCCAACUCUGGCCUGAGUGACAGCCUGACCACCAGCACCCCACGGCCCUCCAAUGGCGACUCGCCUUCCCACCCCUACCACCGAACCUUCUCCCCCUACUUCCACCACUUUGUGGAGCAGUGCCUUCAGCGCAACCCGGAUGCCAGGCCCAGUGCCAGCACCCUCCUGAACCACUCUUUCUUCAAGCAGAUCAAGCGACGUGCCUCAGAGGCUUUGCCUGAAUUGCUUCGUCCUGUCACCCCCAUCACCAAUUUUGAGAGCAGCCAGUCUCAGGACCAUAGUGGAAUCUUUGGCCUGGUAACAAACCUGGAAGAGCUGGAGGUGGAUGAUUGGGAGUUCUGAGCCUCUGCAAACUGUGCGCAUUCUCCAGCCAGGGAUGCAGAGGCCCUUCCUGAGGGCUGGCCACAUUCCCGCCCUCCUGGGCAGAUUGGGUAGAAAGGACAUUCUUCCAGGAAAGUUGCCUGCUGACUGAUUGGGAAAGAAAUCCUGGAGAGACACUUCACUGCUCCAAGGCUUUUGGGACACAAGGAAAUCUCAACAACCAGGGAUCAAGAGGGUCCAAAGCCAACAUUCCCAGUCCUAUGAGCUCAGGUGACCUCCUCUACAGAAGGAAGAGAUGCUGCUCUAGCUCUGGGAGCCAAAUUCCAAGCCCAGGGUUUGACUCCUUAACCCUGAGGACCGCCACCUCUUCCCAAUGCUUGUGACCAGCCUCAUUCUACUUAACUUUGCUCUCAGAUACUAUAGGUCAGUGAAAGGGCAAGUAGUAAGCUGCCUGCCUCCCUUCCCCCAGACCUCUCCCUCAUAAUUCCAGAGAAGGGUAUUUCUGUCUUUUUAAGCACAGACUAAGGCUGGGACAGUCCAUCCUUAUCCCUUUUCUGGCUUGGGCCCUGACACCUAAGUCUUUCCCACGGUUUAUGUGUGUGCCUCAUUCCUUUCCCACCAAGAAUCUAUCUUAGCGCCUCCUGCCAGCUGCCCUGGUGCUUUCUCCAAGGGCCAUCAGUGUCUUGCCUAGCUUGAGGGCUUAAGUCCUUAUGCUGUGUUAGUUUCGUUGUCAGAACAAAUUAAAAUUUCCAGAGACCCUGC